AUGGAUGAGUUAUUUGAUCUUUCCAAGAAACCUAUUGACGGUGGGUUUGGUAACAUUCCAGAGGGGACUUUACUCAAAGAAGCGAACAAAGUUCCCUUGUUCAUGACUGAAUUACCCGAGGAAGAAAAUGACACUCUUGCUGCGUUACAGUCUUUGCUUUAUGAUGGAACACCUGAAGAAGUCGCGGAAAACUUUAAAAAUCAAGGAAACGAAUGCUUUAAGGCUGGCAAAACAAAAUAUCAGGAUGCCAUUGCAUUUUAUUCUAAGGCAUUAGAUACAAAUUGUAAAGACAAAACGAUUAUUGAGGCAUGUUUGACGAAUAGAGCCGCUGUUAAUCUAGAAUUACAAAACUAUCGAAAGGUGCUGACAGAUUGCGCCAAGGCUUUAAAGAUCAACCCGAGAAAUGUCAAAGCAUUAUUCAGAUCAGCCAAGGCUCUGUAUAUGCUUGAUAAAAUUGACCAGGCAUUAGAUUGUUGUAAUCUUGGCUUGGAGAUUGAACCUAAGAAUAAAUACUUUCAAUUGGAGAAACAAAAAUGUAUAAGGCAAAAAGAAUUUUUGGACAAAAAGAAGCGAGAAAGGGAAGAAAGAGCACGUCAAGAACUUGAAAGAAAAAAAGUCUUAGAAAAAGCGAUAAAAGAACGUAACAUUCAAACGGAAACUACUUCCGACGCGCCAGAUUCCCCAAAUUCUGUUUACUUAGACGCCGAAACUCAACAACUUGUUUGGCCAGUAUUUUUAUUAUAUCCAGAGUAUAAGGAAUCGGAUUUCAUAGCACAAUUCAAUGAGGAACAUACAUUUUUGGAUCAUUUAGAGAUGGUAUUUGAACAUCGCGCUCCGUGGGACAUAGAAGGUAAGUACACUCCAAAAAACGUGGAUAUUUAUUUUGAGUCUGCGUCACAAGCAUUUGGUGCGAAACCAACGUUGAUAAAGGUUGGACGGAAGAUUCCCCUUAAAGAAGUGUUAUCACAUCGAAAAUAUGUAGUUAGAAAUGGAAUACCUAACUUCAUAAUAUUACCCAAGAAUGCACCAUUCACUGAAAACUUUUUGAGAAAAUAUAAAUAG